GCGUGUCACAUGGCAGGGGCGGCCGGGGAGGGAGAAGGAGGAGAAAAAGGAGGAGCAGAAGGAGGGGUUACGUGGAGCCGGCGCCGCCGAGGGCGCGGGGCGGUGUGAGGGGCCAUGCUGCCGCCGCCGCGGUAAUUGAGAAUGGGUCCUCAACGAUGCUGAGUGUACAAUGGGAAGUGUCACGCUCCGCUAUUUCUGUUAUGGGUGCCUUUUCACAUCGGUGACCUGGACACUUCUGCUCUUUGUUUAUUUCAACUUCAGUGAAGAGAACCAAUCCUUCAAGAAUGUGCCCGUCAAGGGGCUAGAACCUCAGAAGCCAUUUCCAAAAAAAUUCUACCCCCGUUUCACUCGGGGACCAGUUAACAUACCUGAAUUGCAGCAGAAAGAGAGUAAAUUUAGAAAUCCUAUUGGAAAUCAUGUCCAGGACCCAGUAAAGGGAGAGGGAGACUUCUCUCCUGAAAUGGGAAUGAUUUUUAAUGAAGAAGAUCAGGAGGUCCGAGACUUGGGCUAUCAGAAGCAUGCUUUCAAUAUGCUCAUCAGUAACAGGCUGGGGUAUCACAGGGAGGUUCCUGAUACAAGAGAUGCAAAGUGUAGAGAGAAAUCCUACCCUUCUGAUCUGCCAUUUGCCAGUGUUAUCAUCUGUUUCUACAAUGAAGCACUUUCUGCCCUGCUUCGCACGGUGCACAGUGUCCUGGAUCGCACUCCUGCACACCUUCUUCAUGAAAUUAUUUUGGUGGAUGACAACAGUGAACUGGCUGACUUGAAGAAAGACUUGGUUGAAUAUGUUAAAACUCAGCUUCCUAAAACAACAAAACUAGUAAGAAAUGAGAAGCGGGAAGGUUUGAUUCGAGGAAGGAUGAUUGGAGCCUCUCAUGCUACAGGAAAAGUGCUGGUUUUCCUGGACAGUCACUGUGAGGUAAACAAGAUGUGGCUGCAACCUCUGCUGACUCCAAUCAAAGAAGACCACAGGACUGUGGUGUGCCCUGUGAUUGACAUCAUCAGUGCUGACACACUUACCUACAGCUCUUCCCCAGUUGUGCGUGGAGGGUUUAAUUGGGGCCUGCACUUUAAGUGGGAUCUUGUUCCUUUGUCAGAGCUUGAAGGUCCUGAGGGAGCCACUGCUCCAAUCAAAUCACCCACUAUGGCUGGAGGCCUGUUUGCCAUGGACCGUGAGUACUUUAAUGAGCUUGGACAGUAUGACAGUGGCAUGGACAUCUGGGGAGGAGAAAAUCUGGAAAUAUCUUUUCGGAUUUGGAUGUGUGGGGGUCGACUUCUGAUCAUUCCCUGCUCCAGAGUGGGACACAUUUUCCGUAAGAGACGUCCCUAUGGCUCUCCAGGGGGACAGGACACUAUGGCUCAUAAUUCAUUGAGGCUGGCACACGUGUGGAUGGAUGAAUACAAAGAGCAGUAUUUUGCUUUGAGACCUGAGCUAAGGACAAGGCACUAUGGAAAUAUAACUGAUCGUGUAGAACUGAGAAAAAGAUUGAACUGCAAGUCAUUCAAGUGGUAUUUAGAUAACAUCUAUCCUGAGAUGCAAGUAUCUGGGCCCAAUGCCAAAGCUCCACAGCCAGUUUUUAUUAAUAGAGCACAAAAGCGACCAAAAGUAAUCCAGCGUGGAAGGCUGUAUCACCUUCAAACCAACAAAUGCCUGGUUGCUCAGGGCCACCCAAGUCAGAAAGGAGGCCUGGUGGUGGUUCGGGAAUGCGACUACAAUGAUCAAAACCAGGCUACUUUUUACCAUGUGAAUAGAUAGCAGUCUCAGUAAGUUGAAGGAACAAAGUGAACUCUACGUGGGAAACCAUGUGAAGGUCUUGGAAACAACGCUGCCCUUCUUGAGACUCACUGAGUGCAGUACUUUGGACUGGAAAAUGGUCUUCUGCAUGAUUUUGUAGUUAGAAAUAGCAUAGGUAAAAAUAGUGGAAGGGUCUGGUAGAAACAAGAUCAGAGAUAAGAAGCCUGAAGUAACAGAAGCUGAGAAGCAGAAAUACUGAGUGUGAAUUUUUCAAGCAGAAGGCUAACAUGGAAUUAACGUUGUGUAGUUGAAGAGUGGUUGUGUGGAGAUGCCAAGACAGCUGAAGUGAAUUCUUCUGCUCAGUCAGCAGUGUGUGACCUCUUUCCAUAAACGAAACUGGGAAUGCACGAGGUAGCACACAGCGUGAAACUUGGGUGGUGAAGGAGGCCAGAAAGCAUUUAAGGGCUUCAAAAGGUCAGACAUCUCCAUCUCUGUCUUUCACAAUUAAAUGCAGAAAUAAACAAACAAAAACAAGCACCCUAAGUGUUGUGGAUUCACCAAAAACGUUGUCUAAGGUUAAUAGAUGGUGAUUAGGCAGCAAAGGUGCUGAAGUUCUUCAUGACAGAUGCUCCAAAGGAAAAAGUAGUUACUAAUAAACUUGUAAGAGGAGCUUCAGAGACCCCAGUGAAGAUUUUUGGAAUGAAGCAUGAAGGCCAACAGAAGAUGUAACUAGUGGGACUGGCUGUGAUCUAGAUUGGCUCUCUCACGUGUCUAAUGCCUGCUUAUCUUCUACCUGACCUAAAUGCUUCAAGUCAAACUGCUUUUCAAAAAAAAAUCUUCUCCUAGUCUGCUGAGUAGUGUUUGUUUUUUUUUUUUUCUAUUCUCUUGGUUUCACCUCUUCUCUGUUCAUUUGUUUCACUUCAGUAACUUAAGCUUUCUUUAGCUUAGCAAUGUAUUAGGCUUCACAGUUGUGAAUGCUGCCCUUGAGGCUGGGGUUAGCUGGUGGGUGUCUGUGCUCAGCUGCAUGGGGGUUGGGAAGUCACAAGAGCUGUUAACCUCUUGUAUCACUCCAUCAGUGUAAGCAUGUGUAAUUCUGACUCUUGAACUGUUUGUAGGAGGAUGAGCUUUAAGUGCUACAGCUCUUCUGUAGGGUUCUCCUCCCUAAAUCUCUGCAUCAUGGGUGUAAGUUUUGUUUUUCUGAUGCAUUUGCCUGGAGUGAGUGUGGAGAAGUGUGAGCUAUCUCUACUGCUGCAUUUUCAUCAGCCCAUUGAAGGACAUGAUCCCACAGUUCCUCUUCAAAUCCUCAGCCACACACUGAGAUACGAAAUAGGAUCACAUGGACAUCAGCAAUGCCUUCAGGAGAACAUUGAGUCUCCUGGAUAGCAGUAGCUUAAAGUAAUGAUUGCAGAUCCCGUGCUUUGCCUUUGCUGCUGACUUUCACAAGUUAUUUGGUGCUGUGAUGUCACUGCUAGCCACUAGAAACAUGAACUGAAGGGCUACACGUAGCUGUAAUGAUGCAGUCGCUGGGCACAGCUUGUCCUCAUGCUGAGGUGGCUGCUUGGUGCUCUUCAGCUUCAUUUUGUCAUUUAAAAAACUCUGGAAUAAUGCACUGGUGCCAAUGUAAGCAACAGAUGGCAGCUGCUUGGAGUGCUGGAAUGCCUGUGCUGGCAGCAGAGCCCACAGCCAUAAUUCUGUCACACACAGAGCUGGUUCUGUAAUAGUUGCUGGCUUGCAUUUAUUGGAGUGAAGUUUUUCAUUGCAUUCCUCUCCUCCUAAUGCAAUUUACAGAUGAAAUGAGUGUGCAUCCACAGAGCUUUGCCAGCUGCCCCCUGUGCCUUUUGCUACACAGCAUUGCACUCUGAAAGCCAAAGUCCUUCAGUUACUAUUGGUUUGAUUUUUUUUUUUUCCCCAGGUUGAGUGCUGGGUUUUGUUUUAGUACAGCCAUCUGUAUUGAUCUGGACUCAAAGUCUGAUAUAGUUAACUGCUCUUGUCCUGAGGAAGUGGCAGUGUGGGGCCUUCUUCCCUGCCUUGGGCACUGUUCCCCCCCUGUCCUCACUUGGAUGUCCCCAGAAGAAGUUCAGCUGCCUUUUAUUCAUUUGCACUAACCAUGCUGUGGGGAUAAUUUCAUCUUUUGGUAGUAUAAAAUAAGUCAAUAACACAGCCCUGUAUAUCUUCAUUAUGACAAAAGAAAAUGAAAAAUU